AUGGCCGACCCUGGCUCUUCGCCCUUCAACGCCAGUUCGGUCGACCUCGACAAGACACCUCGGGUCGACAUCGUUUGCUACCUCAGCGGCAGCAGCAACAACUACGACGACAGGCUGGGCCUGCGCGUCGCAUCCAUCUUUGUGAUCCUGGUCGUCUCCACGGCGGUGACCGUGUUCCCUGUCCUGGCCACGCGGAUCCGGCGCCUCAGGAUCCCCCUGGCCGCCUACCUGUUUGCGCGCUACUUCGGCGCCGGCGUCAUCAUCGCGACUGCGUUUGUGCAUCUCCUCGACCCGGCCUACGAGGCCAUUGGGCCCGCGAGCUGCGUCGGCCUGACGGGCGGCUGGUCGACGUACUCGUGGCCGCCGGCGAUUGCGCUGGCGUCGGCAAUGGUCGUCUUCCUCAUUGACUUUGUGUGCGAGUACCACGUCGAGAGGCGGUACGGCGUCGCCCACGGGGCCGUCGAGAACAUCAUCACCGACGCGCCCGCGCCCGCGCCCGACGCCGACGCCUCCCCCGCCUCGCGUCUGCGCAGCGAGAAGUCGGACAGCGACCUCGAGGAGCUGGCGCACCUGACUGGCGACUCGGGCGAAACCCACCGCGCCUUCCAGUCGCAAAUCUCGGCCUUCCUCGUGCUCGAGUUUGGCGUCAUCUUCCACAGCGUCAUCAUCGGCCUGAACCUGGGCGUCGCCGGCGCCGCCGACUUCAACACCCUCUUCCCCGUCCUCCUCUUCCACCAGUCGUUUGAGGGUCUGGGCAUCGGCGCCCGCCUGAGCGUCAUCCCCAUCCCCACGCGGUGGCGGUGGUUGCCGUGGGCGCUGUGCCUGGCAUACGGCCUGACCACGCCCGUCUCCAUCGCCAUCGGCCUGGGGCUGCACGACACGUACCGCGGCAGCUCCUACACGGCCAGUGUCGUCUCUGGCGUGCUGGACUCGGUCUCGGCCGGCAUCCUCAUCUACACCGGCCUGGUGGAGAUGCUGGCGCGCGACUUCAUGUUCAACCCGAACCGCACCCAUAACAAGAAGCGGCUGGCCCUGAUGCUGCUGUCGCUGUGCCUGGGAUGCGCCAUCAUGGCCUUGAUUGGGCGCUGGGCGUGA